AUGGUCAACAACAGCUGGCAGUAUCAGUCGACCUCAAGAGGGAAUCCGGAUAAUGACCAUCGGACAGGUGACAGGACAAUCCCAAGGCAGAACUCGACCCCGAGCCCGAGAAACCCGGUAGAUGUUAUCCGUGGAGUCUUUAUCCUGUUUUCCGCGGACAGCAGCACGCGACACCACUCGGAUUACCCUUUGUCGAUAUCCAAGGCCAUCGAACCACCAAUCACCCUCACGAUGAAUCGAGCACUUCCUUUCACCCAUCCAGAUUUGCAACAGUAUACUUACGCAUUCCAGCAAGGUCAAGAACAAGGUGAAUAUGAGGAAGAUGAUGGAAGUCAAGAAGAUGAUGAAGGUGAAGAAGAGGGGGAAGGAGAGGAAGACGAAGGUGAAGAAGACGCCGCCGAGGUGGAGGAUGGAAUGAAUGAAGGUGACGAAGAGGAAGAGGAGGAGGAGGAGGAGGAAGAAGAGGAAGAAGAGGAGGAGGAGGAAGAAGAGGAUGAGGAAGAAGAAGUCGAAGAACGAGGACCUAGCACUUUACCCGAUCCAGCGGCUCCUCAAAUGGCAUUUCCUCUCGUCCAGAAGCCAAUGACCGUUCGCCAACGAAAGGAACUAGAGAAAAUUGCCAGACAGCGGGAGCGUCAAAAGAAGAAAGAGAUGAAGGAACGAGAGAAGGCAGAAAGGCUAGCGAAGAGGGAACAAGAAAGAUUAGCCCGGAUCGCCAAGAAGGAACAGCUACUACUCCAAUCCAAGGCAGCCAAGAAAGCCAAAGCAACGAUGGAUGGCGAUCAACGCGCCUGGAGUAUCGGUAGACCAAUGAAGGGAACCGGCUCUUCCUCUCAAGUAUUAUCUCGCAAAAUCAAAGUUGAUAGUCGAAUCGAGACCGUAAGAAGACUCAUCACUCAUACUGAAAACGGCGAAUUACAUAUCCACCCCUCAGGGACUGCCGGAGACUCAUCUGGUAAUACGCGGUGGUGCGAGACCAAAGUCCAUCAAGGUGUCACUUACUUGGUCGAGGAUGAUGAACUAACCCUUCCCAGUGACCCCAAGGGCGACACAAAAGUCACUCCAGAAGGCGUCCUGCUGGGCGGUCGGCAAUAUAAAAUUCCAACGUUCACUUCCAAAAAUAGGUCGAAUCCCAACAAGCACUUCAUGCUGUCGAUCGAUGCCGCGAGAGCUGCAGGUUACAGAGACUCGUUGUAUUUCUUCCGACGAAAUCCUUUGAUUCAAAAGCUCCCUUGUACCCAGAUAGAAAAAGACGAGUUGAUUUGCGCUGGUUUUCUAUCUGGCAACCUCAAAUCACGAGCUGUGACCAUGUGUUCUGCAAGGAACGCUUUCAAAGUGAUGGGUGCACGCUUUUUAAAAGAUGGUAGACAGGUGGUUGAUGACUAUUAUGAGGAUGCAGCAUUAGCCAGUGGGGCAAACUUAGGAGAAGUUGCUCUCGCCGAUGGGUUAGAGCCCCAGGACAGAACAGCAACCAAUGCCGCCCCUGGACAACCCGGAGAUCCAUCCGCAGGCCCCGCCGUGGCUGAUGUGCCGGAGAGCACGACGCGACUGCCCUGCCAAAGUGCAUUUCGUCUAGCGCUGAAUCGCGUCAACCCAUCCGCAGCAGGCUCGGCUACUUUAGGACUGAAAACAAUUUUUGGCGGCGACGGCAAGGCUCCUUCGAUCGCAAUCCCAAAUGAUUCAAAGGAGCGGAGGCGUCGGAUGGCUAGUCAUCUCACCGCUAAGAAUUGGAUGAUACAGUACUGUCGAGCUAUUAGCGAGAUGAACCGACAUCUUCGUGGCAUCCGAAACGAGCGUAUGGUCAAGUUUCCAAAGUACCCAUCGAUCGCCCGUUUGGCAGAAGAUCCUUCAACUAGUGCUGAUAAUGCAGGUGAUGAAGAGAUGGAGUGGAGAGAGGUCGAAGUGGAAAUGCGCUUGAACGGGGACGGAAAGAUGAUGGAGCCUGGCGAGGAGAUGGACACGAAGGAAGAGCCAGAUGACGACGACGACAAUAAUUCUAAUGCCGGAGGUCCAUCGGCUACAGCGCCUGAGCCAUCUCAAGUGUUUUCCCGAAUCACCAGUCCGCUCCCCCCUACGUCGACAAUCACUAUCUAUGGAGUGAAACACUCGUCGACAUCUCAAGAUCAGAACAACUCAGGGGAAGGUGCUUCCGGGCAAGCAGCGGGCGGGGGUGAUUCAUCUAGGGUGGGUGGCUCUGGCAUCCACCCAGCACGGGCACGUUCGCCGCACAAACGAUUCUUCAAAUCGCGCGGCAAGAAGGCGCAAAAUGAUUGGUGGACAACGACGACCAAAGUGGUUGAGCAAAGGCCCAAGCAACCCGUGAUGGGUCUACUGGACGUCCAUACCGGCCAGCCCCAUGUUCGACAAGAUACACAAUCCACCGCGGCCAUCUGGGAGACGGCGGACGAUCUUGAGGAGUGGACGAGGUGCAGCAAACGCCAGAAAUUGAAUGGCUCCCAACCCGAUCCUCAAGCGGACCAUGAUCCAUCCUUGCUGAAGACCAGAACAAUCAUGAACGGGCCUGGGAUUGGCAGAUCUGGAAUGAGCUCAGUCAACGAUACCAUCUUGAUUGAAACCAUAUUCGACGAUGAAUUACGCCCAUCUAAAUACGAACUGUUACCAGGAAUGUGGGACUUCAGAUCUAUGGAGCCAUGAUAACUCAAUGCGUCUCCCGUUAAUUCUUUGUCUUUCCAUGUUGAUGUAAUCAAGAUUCUAUUGGAUUUUAUUGUCAAAUCAUGAGAUGACUUGAUUCAAUACAAACCUUUCUCUUCUUCUUUCCAUUUAUUUGGAGCAUGUGUCAUGUGAAUAUGCUGUCCAAACUUAUCAUAUGAAUACAUUGUUUCUUUGUUGUUUGUCUCAAAGUUUCUACAACACCAUUUGUUCAUGUCAAGUCCAAUCAACCAACACACUUUCCAAUGCUUGUGUUUAUGCAUAUACAUCAAUUGAAAACUCUAAGACUCUCCUAAUCAUUACUCCUAAAUGAGAACAAG